GCUGUUGUACUUUCUAGAGUGGUGGUACCAGAGGUGGUACUUUCUGUUGCCGUAAUGUCCAUUGUGGUGCUGUCUGUUGUUAUUGUGGUCUCUGCUGUUGUACUUUCUAGAGUGGUGGUACCAGAGGUGGUACUUUCUGUUGCCGUAAUGUCCAUUGUGGUGCUGUCUGUUGUUAUUGUGGUCUCUGCUGUUGUACUUUCUAGAGUGGUGGUACCAGAGGUGGUACUUUCUGUUGCCGUAAUGUCCAUUGUGGUGCUGUCUGUUGUUAUUGUGGUCUCUGCUGUUGUACUUUCUAGAGUGGUGGUAAUGGUGGUGGUACUUUCUGAUGUUGUAGCAUCUGUUGUUGUGGUUUCCACUGUUGUACUUUCUGGAGUUGUGGUACCGAUGGUAGUGCUUUCUGUUGUUGUACUACCCAUCGUGGUGCUUUCUGUUGUUGUUGUACUUUCUGUUGUUGUGGAUUCAGUUGUGCUUUCUAUAGGUGUAGUAUCUGUUGUGAUGCUUUCAGUUGUUGUUGAAGUUUCUGCUGUUGUACUUUCUGAAGUUGCGGUACCGGUGGUGGUGCUUUCUGUUGUUGUAGUAUCCGUUGUGAUGCUUUCUGUUGUUGUGGUCUCUGUGGUAGUACUUUCUGGAGUUGUGGUGCCAGUGGUUGUACUUUCUGUUGUGGUGGUCUCCAUUGUGGUGCUUUCUGGAGUCGUGGUACUUUCUGUUGUUGUAGUGUCCAUUGUGGUGCUGUCUGUUGUACUUUCUGGAGCUGUGGUAACGGUGGUGGUACUUUCUGAUGUUGUAGUGUCUGUUGUUGUGGUUUCUACUGUUGUACUUUCUGGAGUUGUGGUGCCAAUGGUAGUGGUUUCUGUUGUUGAUGUACUUUCUGUUGUCGUGGAUUCAGUUGUGCUUUCUGUAGUUGUAGUAUCUGUUGUGGUGGUUUCUGUUGUUGUACUUUCUGUUGUUGUAGUGUCUGCUGUUGUACUUUCUAUAGUUGUGGUACCGAUGUUGGUGCUUUCUGUUGUUUUAGUAUCCAUUGUGGUGCUUUCUGUUGUUGUAAUUUCUAGAGCUGCGGCACCGGUGGUACUUUCUGAUGUUGUAAUGUCUGUUGUUGUGGUUUCCACUCUUGUACUUUCUGGAGUUGUUGUACUGAUUGUGAUACUUUCUGUUGUUGUCCUACCUUCUGUUGUUGUGGUCUCAAUUGUGCUUUCUGGUAUUGUGGUGCUAGUGGUGGGUAUUUCUGAUGUUGUGGUCUGUGUGGUAGUACUUUCUGAAAUGGUGGUGCCUUCUGUUGUUGUGAUCUCUGUUGCGGUGCCAGUAGUGGUACUUUCUAUCGUUGUGGUCUCUGUUGUUGUCCCGGGGGUGGUACUUUCUAUUGUUGGGGUCUCUGUUGUUGUACUUUCUGGAGUAGUGGUGCCAGUGGUUGUACUUUCUGUUGUUAUGGUGUCUGUUGUGGUGCUCUCUGUAGUUGUGGUUUCCAUUGUUGUACUUUCUGAAGUUGUAACGCCGGGGGUGGUACUUUCUGUUGUUUUGGUCUCUGCUGUUGUACUUUCUGAAGUGGUGGUGCCUUCUGUUGUUGCAGUACCAGUGGUGGUACUUUCUACCGUUGUGGUCUCUGUUGUUGUACUUUCUGGACUAGUGGUGCCAGUGGUUGUACUUUCUAACUCUGUUGUGCUUUCUGGAGUUGUUGAACCAGUGGUGGUGCUUUCUGUUGGUAUGGUGUCUGUAGUGGUGCCUGUAAUGGUACUUUCUAUUGUUGUGGUCUUGGUUGUUGUGCUUUCUGGUGUUGUGGUACCUGUAGUGGUGCUUUCUGUUGUUGUAGUGUCUGUUGUGGUGCUCUCUGUAGUUGUGGUUUCCAUUGUUGUACUUUCUGAAGUUGUAACACCAGGGGUGGUACUUUCUGUCGUAGUGCUUUCUGUUUUUGUGGUCUCUGUUGUACUUUCUGAAGUGGUGGUGCCUUCUGUUGUUGUGGUACCAGUGGUGGUACUUUCUACCGUUGUGGUCUCUGUUGUUGUCUCGGGGGUGGUACUUUUUGUUGUUGUGGUCUCGGUUGUUGUGCUUUCUGGUGUUGUGGUACCUGUAGUGGUGCUUUCAGUUGUUAUAGUGUCUCUUGUGGUGCUUUCUGUAGUUGUGGUUUCCAUUGUUGUACUUUCUGAAGUUGUAAUACCAGGGGUGGUACUUUCUGUUGUAGUGCUUUCUGUUGUUGUACUUUCUGGAGUAGUGGUGCCAGUGGUUGUACUUUCUAACACUGUUGUGCUUUUUGGAGUUGUAGAACCAGUGGUGGUGCUUUCUGUUGUUAUGUUGUCUGUUGUGGUGCUCUCUACCGUUGUGGUCUCUGUUGUUGUACUUUCUGGAGUUGUGGUACCAGUGGUGGUACUUUCUGUUGCUGUGGUCUCCAUUGUUGUACUUUCUGGAGUAGUGGUGCCACUGGUUGUACUUUCUGUCAUUGCGGUGCUUUCUGUUGUUGUGGUCUCUAUAGUACUACUUUCUGUAGUGGUGGUGUCUUCUGUUGUUGUGAUCUCAGUUGUGGUGGCAUUUUCUGUUGUUGUGGUCUGCUUUGUUGUACUUUCUGGAGGGGUGGAGCCAGUGGUUGUUCUUUCUGUUGUUGUGGUCUCUGUUGUUGUACUUUCUGAAGUGGUGGUGCCAGUGGUUGUACGUUCUGUCAUUGUGGUGCUUUCGGGUGUUGUGGUACCAGUGGUGGUGCUUUCUGUUGUUGUGAUCUCCAUUGCUGUACUUUCUGGGGUGGUGGUGCCAGUGGUAGUACUUUCUGUAGUGGCGGUGCCUUCUGUUGUUGUGAUCUCAGUUGUGGUGCUUUCUGUUGUUGUGGUCUCUGUGGUAGUACUUUCUGAAGUCGUUGUGCCAGCAGUUGUACUUUCUGUCAUUGUGGUGCUUUCUGGAGUUGUGGUAUCGACCGUGGUGCUUUCUGUUGUUGUGGGCUCUGUGGUAGUACUUUCUGGAGUGGUGGUGCCUUCUGUUGGUGUGAUCACAGUUGUGGUGGUACUUUCUGUUGUUGUGGUCUCAGUUGUACUCUCUAGAGUGUUUGUGCCACUGGUUGUGCCGGUAGUUGUACUCUUUGUCAUUGCGGUGUUUUCUGGAGCUGUGGUACUGGUGGUGGUGCUUUCUGUUGUGGUUCCAGUGGUGGUACCUUCUAUUGUUAUGGCCUCGGUUGUUGUGCCGGUGAUGGUACUUUCUCUUGUUGUGGUUUCCGUUGUUUUACUUUCUGUAGUGGUGGUACCAGUUGUUGUACUUUCUGUCAUUGUAGGGCUUUCUGGAGUUGUGGUACCGGUAGUGGUGCUUUUUGUUGUUGUGGUCUCUGCGGUAGUACUUUCCGGAGUGGUGGUUCCUUCUGUUGAUGUGAUCUCAGUUGUGGUGGUACUUUCUGUUGUUGUGGUCUUGGUUGUUAUCUCAGGGGUGGUACUUUCUUUUGUUGUGGUCUCUGGUGUUGUACUUUCUGAAGUUGUUGUGCCAGCAGUUGUACUUUCUGUCAUUGUGGUGCUUUUUGGAGUUGUGGUAUCGAUCGUGGUGCUUUCUGUUGUUGUGGUCUCUGUGGUAGUACUGUCUGGAGUGGUGGUCCCUUCUGUUGUUGUGAUUUCAGCUGUGGUGCCUGUGGUGGUACUUUUUAUUCUUGUGGUCUCAGUCGUUGUGCCGAGGCUGGUGUUUUCUGUUGUUGUGGUUUCCAUUGUUGUGCCUGCAGUGGUACUUUCUAUUUCUGUGGUCUUAGUUGUUAUGCUUUCUGGUGUUGUGGUCUCUGUUGUUGUAAUUUUUGAAGUUGUAGUACGAGGGGUUUCUGUUGUUGUGGUCUCGGUUGUUGUGCUUUCUUGUGUGGUGGUGAUGCUUGUUGUUGUGGUCUCUGAGGCAAUACUUUCUGCAGUAGUGGCACCAUUGGUCUUACUUUCUGCCAUUGUGGUCUCUGUUGUUGCACUGACUGGAGUUGUGGGGAUAGUAGUGGUGCUUUCUGAUGUUGUGGUUUCUGUGGUAGUACUUCCUGGAGUGGUCAUGCCAGAGGUUGUACUUUCUCUGUUGGUAGUGCUGUCUGUUGUUGUGAUAUCGGUUGUGGUGCCUGUGGUAGUACUUUCUGUUGUUAUGGUGCCAGUAUAG